AUGGAAGCUCGAUUAUUUUGGUUUUUGAAGAUCGUGGGAGUUGGAUUCAAAGCUAGAGCGAAAUUAGAAAGGCGUUUAUUGUUUCUAAAGUUGGGGUACAGCCACGAAGUUGAAUUAUCAGUGCCUCCUGCUGUUCGUGUCUUUUGUUUCAAACCAAAUAUCGUUUGUUGCACCAGAAUUGACAAGCAAAGGGUGCACCAGUUUGCUGCUGCCGUUCGCAGCUGUAAGCCUCCGGAGGUUUACAAAGGCAAAAGUAUUAUGUAUGUUGAUGAAGUUAUAGAGAAAAAACAGGGGAAGAAAUCAAAAUAA